AUUUCCAGUGGCACCAAAGGUAUGGCGCCGGUUAAUUAAAACAACAUCGCAAAAUUCUAGGUGAAUUGUUUCGUUUUAAUUCAAUAAGUUCAACUCAACAGCAUAUUCAUUCUAACAGUUUUACUUUUUAUUUGUAAUCUGUAAACAAAUCAAAGAAACUUGAAAUGGGCAGGAAAAAGGUAAGAAUUCUUUAACUUUACAAAUGACAUGGUUUAGAUUUUCUCAUCCAAAGUCUAAAAUAAAUGUAUUAUUUUACACCUCAGCUCUAUUUAUUUAUUAAAAUAAUUUGAAAUAAGCUAACCAUGAUGCACAAUACAUAAUAGCAGCAUUAUGCAUUAUCGAUAACGAGCAUGCUGGAACGAAGCGUGUUCAAUGUGAAUGUGUUCAUCGUCUGCAAAAUCAGCCUAAUCGCCAGCAUGAUCAUGAUGUCAUUCACGAAUCAGUUUAAUUUUUGUUGUUAUUGCUUAUAGCUAGUUAUUAACAUUUCGGGUUUAAUCUCAUUUUUAUAGUGCCGUUAACUCUAGCCAUUGCCUUUGCCUUUAUUCUUUAUUAUUAUAUUUAUUGUCUUUAACUUUUAGUCUUUUAGUAGUACCGGUAGUCUUAGUAAAAAAACAAUUACCUCUCUGAAACUGAAAGUGAGUCAUAUUAAUUAUUAAUUUUUUGAAUAAUAGAAAUUAAUUAUUAAUCAACUAAUUAUUUGUUGAAUGAGUGUUAGUUUGUUAAUAAUAGUAGUUAGUAAUUCACAUGCAAUACCAUUAUCAUUAAUUAAUUAAUUAUUUAGGUAAUGCAGUCAGGGCCAUGUGAAAUGGGUAGCUGCUCAGGCAGGGCUUUGAAUCGAAGAGGAUUUUUAAGGCUAGGGCACCGAGAAAAUCCAAAACUUGGACCCAAAAAAUUUCAAAAUAAUCACAUAAACAUCAGUAUUAAUUUAUGCUCUACUCUUGAGGACCCUGAGUGAUUUACUGGAUUACCACGACCUUUGCAUAGCCAUCCAUUUUAGGGUGCCAACAACAGGGGCUGUCACUGUAAAAAUUGCAGAUUAUCCAUUUUAUGAUGGACCAUAAUCAUAAUAUUAAUAUAUAUAGGUGUAUAUCAUACAUAAUUUAUUAAUCAAACAAGAGUGCCAUGUUCGGGCUUCACCCCAGGUGCAAAAUCAAUCAGUUAGAAAAGGUUUGCAUCCAGGAAACAGGAAGAAAUUAAUCACCGAUCAACUCAUGAUCAUUUAUAUUUCUUAUGGUCUAUAUUAAUAUUAUAGGUUAUUUAUUAUUUAAAUUAACUUUACAAAAACUUUAGGCCCCCAAUUAGCUAAAUGCUUAAACUUAAGGGGCUAUCCAUAAAUGAUGUCACACUAUUUUUGGGACACCCCCCCAACAAAAAUUAGACACUUUGUAGUACUUUGUAGUAAUUGAAGUUUUUGCAUAUGGUCUCUGCAAAAUUGAAUAUGUUAAUUUAUUAUUUUAUUUACUGAAAUUAACAGGGCAAGAAAGGAAAGGCAGCUCGCAAUGCCAAAGCUGGUCAACCAACAACUGGAAACGAAGAGGAGGUCUACCUUAAAGCUCCACACUCAUUUGUGUUUCACAGAGGUCAUGUUGGUAGAACAGUUAAAGAUCUUGUAUUUGAUGUCAGAAAAAUAAUGGAACCUUAUACUGCAUCGAACCUGAGGGUAAUACAAAUAACCAUAACAUUGGAAAUGUGUCACAGUUUGGAAACCUAAACUCUAUUCUUUACAGUAUUCUAGAUAAGAAAUGCUUUGUUUGCUUGUUUUUUAAAAGCUCUGAGCUUCUUUGAGGGCAAGACCCUAAUAAUUGUACAGGAAUUUCAUGCUCUAAAGUGCUUAACAAAGCACAAUUAAUACGAAUUCUUUGACAGUGUUGCUUUAGGAAUAAAUACAUUUGGUAUAACUUACACAAUAAGAUUAACUUUCAAUUUCAACUUAUUUGACUUCAUUUUUAACAUCUAAGGUGCGUAAGAAAAAUGUGAUGAAGGACUUCCUCACUAUUGCUGGACCACUGCAUGUGUCACACUUCAUUGCGUUUACAAAGACAGACAUUGCCACAUACAUGAAGCUUAUUUGUGUUCCGAGAGGCCCAACACUGACAUUUAAAGUGAAUGAAUUCUGCUUAUCCAAGGAUGUUCUCUCAUUUCAAAAGCACCCUGAUGUGGAGUCUAAACUGUUUGCAAAUCAUGCUGUCAUGGUGACCAACAUACCCUCCGACACAAUGGAAAACAAACUUAUGAAUGUUACUUUUAAGAAUAUGUUUCCUUCUAUUAACCCCAAUACAGUAAGUGUCUGUAUUUCUUUUGAUAGUUAUGUAGUCUGAAGACAAGACUUUUAAUCUUAAGACAAUGCUUUUAAAAUAAUUUGCAUAAGUAAAUUGUAUGCUAUACCUUUUUAUUUUGGGAUUAUAACUUCAUUCAUAAUUUUAAAAUAACAAAAACUUUAACAUUUCCAAAAUUGUUUUACUUCAUUUCAAUAAUUUUUGAUGUAUCAUUUAGGUGAAGUUGAAUAAUAUGAGAAGAACAGUUUUGGUCAAUUACGAUACUGAAAAUAAAUCUCUAGAUCUGCGACACUAGUAAGUAGAUAAAAUAUAGUUUUUACUUUGUCCUUAUAUGUUACACUUAUCUCCAGCUGCCACUUGAAUAUAUCACUAUGUUGACUUUAUUUUUUUUGCUUGUUUCCGUUUUAUGCAUUAAUGGAAUAUCUUUCUUUCCUUUAGCACUAUGAAAGUUGUCCCAACUGGUGUCAGCAGAGCGAUGAAGAAAUUGAUGAAGUCUAAAUUACCCAAUUUGGGCCAUCAUGAAGAUAUUGCUGAUCUUUUCUUGGAAAAGUGAGUUUACAGUUGAUGCAAUGAAUAAACAUUCAGUCUGUAUUUCCCAUCUUCUUAUGCAAUGGUUUCUCUAGUCAUCUCUUGGUGCUUCAGUAUAUGAAUUAAAACAAAUUUUCGGUACCUAGUAGCACCUUAAAUUUUGAAAGACACAGACUGAAAAUAUAAAUAGUGUCAGUUUUUGUGUUUUAUUAUUUUUUUGAAAAUAACAGGUUAUUUUGUUUAGAUUUUCUCUUUUUGAUCUUUCAGCUUCAGUGGAAACCUUGCCACUAACGUAACAUCAUUUAUAGAAUUAUAGCUAAAAUAUCCUUAAUUUUAGUUAAAUCUAUAGAUAUUUGAUGGUUAAGUUGUCUUGAAAUGGAAAGGUUCAUUUGUUUUUCUAAGAAUUGUACAUUGUGGGUGCAUGUAAUUAUGUUCAGUAGAUAACUGGGCAUUAAAUGACUGAUUUUUUUCACCAGGGGGCUGUCAGACAGUGAGGGGGAGCAAGAUGGCCCACAUAAUCAGGUGACUGUGACUCAGAAGGUCAAGGGCAGAGGAGUUACCAGAAAUGCUGUUAAUGCCAUAAGGUUUGCAAUGAUAUCUCUCUUAAUUUCUUAUUUUAACACUUUAUAGCCACAUGACACAGAUCAACAUAACAAAGAUAAUUCAUGAAUACUCUCCCCUUUGCUCAGCACACAUUCUGACAUGUUAAGUUCUAUCCUAAAAGGAUAAAUAACAACUUUUAAAUGAAAAUAGCUAGUUUAAAGUCUGAUUUUUGUCAAAUUUUUAAUUAUUAACAUCAAUCAACAUAGCAACUUUGUCAAAAAUUUACCAAGAUGAUGACUUUAAUAACAAUUUAGAUGUAAUCAGAUAUAAUUCGUUAUCAGUUAAUUAUGCUAGCUGAGAUAAUGCGGCAUAGAAAUAAUUAUCCUACAUCUUGACUAAAGUUAUUUUGAGAUGUUUCCCCAUUUCAAAGUCAUGUGGAUAGCAAGUACUUUUGACUGAAUGUGCUAUGUGCAAAUUUUUUUUUUAUCUGUAUGAUUAAUUGGCACCAAUUCUAUAAAUUUUAAUGUUUAUUAUUAUAAAAAAAAACAACUCAUUGCAAUAAAACUGAAAGAUGACAUAUCAACUCUAUCGUGCCAAACCUGAUCCAGUGAAAGAAAUUGUCACAACAUUUUCUAAAUUUCCAUACUUUGAAUGCAUUAACUUGCAAGGAAUCUGCUACUUGGUAAACAUUAGAAACUUUUUAAGUUAUUGGCAAGAAAUGACAGGCACAUUUGUUCAUAUUGGACUGAAGGUUGCCAAUAUUAAUAAUUUUAAUAAUGUAAAUCAUUUAUAACCAAUUAACCUAAAUAUUUUAUAAUUAAUCUCCUAUUGUUCUUUAUAGUUAAAAUUAUGUAUUUUUAAAUGGUCAUCAUCAUUGAUAUCCAGUGGCCAUUUGGGCAUAUUAUGCCCUUUGGCCUAUUUUUAAAUGGUAGAUAUUUGUAUUUGCUGUACACUGGGAUUUAGACAAUUGACUUAGAAUUUUUUGUGAAUAGUUUAAUGUUAUCAGCCUGAACUUUUAAUUAAAAUCAUUGUCAGAUUAAAAGAGAUUGGUCCACGGUUGAGUUUGCAGCUGGUGAAGAUAGAAGAAGGCUUUGAAGGAGGAAAUGUUCUCUUCCAUUCCUUGAUAGAAAAAACUGAAGAGGAAUUGGAAGCCCUGAAGUUAAUGAGACAGCAGAAGCAGUAAGUAAUAAUGUAGUCGGAUAGUUGGAGCAGUAACUUGAAGCCAUGAGUUCACAUCACUCACAGCCAUCGUUAAACAAUAGUAUGAUCUGGCGGGGGGUUAAUUCGUUAAUUCACAAAAUAGAAGAAAAAUUGUCUCAUCUUAGUUUGUUAAGACAUAAACUAUAAGACAAGUUGUUUCAUCUUAGUUUGUUAAGGCAUAAACUAUAAGACAAGUUGUUUCAUCUUAGUUUGUUAAGACAUAAACUAUAAGACAAGUUGUUUCAUCUUAGUUUGUUAAGAUAUAAAAUUGUGUCAGCAAUGAAAGGUUUUUGUUUGGUUUUGUCAUAAAGACGGGCCAUUUUCAAAAUGCAAUCCACUUUAAAAAAAUAUUUUCUAACUUCAGGAAGGAAAAAAUGGCCAGGAAACAGAAACAAGAGGCCAAUGUGAGGAAGAAACAAGAAGUUAAACAGGAACACAUCAAGAAGACCCUGGAAGGGAUGAAAAGAAAACAAAAUGAGACAGAAACUGACAAGGAGAGUGAGGAAGAAGGUGAUGAGCAAAGUACUGUUGAAGCUAAUGCUCAUGAGGAUUCAGGUAUUUAAGUUUAUCAGGAAUUACUACUCUCCAAAGCUGAAUUUCCACGCAAGGCAGUUUCAACCUUCUAAAUGCUAAAAAUCAGCCCAUUUAUUAUCUUAGUAUUUUCAGCUGCUCAUCUUUCAAUGUGUAUACAAAUGCACCCUGCCCCAAUUUGGGGAAAUCAAGAAGACUUUGGUUUUACUAGAGAAUUAUAAUAUUGGAUUGGAGAAACUAUCUUUAUUUUAUUUUUUUUUAAUGAUUGGCUUCACCACCCUCCUCAGCCAAUAUUACACAAAUGAAUUCGAUAUCUACAGGCUUAGUGAAAAAGAAUGAAACUUGUAUGGAAAAUGAUUUGAAUCCUUGGUCUGCACAUCCGCUCCAAGGAUUACCUCUAGACUUUCCUUGGAUAACUAGGGUCUAUUAGUAUAGUAUUAAAGAAAAGCUGCAGAAGUUGUUGAAAAAUGUCAAAGCUUAGUAUCAUUAACCCUCGAACUGUGGUCGGCCGAAGAAAUCGGCCGAUUAAAAACACGGUCCGAUAGCAACUUCCAAUCCAAUAUUUAACCAGAAUUAUAGCCACUUCCUUUUAUUAAUAAAAAAAAUCAUCUUCCGGUUCAAGCUGUUUUCUAACUUAACAAUAAGUAUUUUUAAUCGGAGAUUUUAUAUCGCUGUUUUUUUUAAAGGUAAAAUGGUUGAAGCCAUGGCUGGGCCUUCAGUGCAAGAACUAAUAGAAAUAUGUUUGAAAGCUAUGGCUGGGCCUUCAGUGCAAGAACUAAUAGAAAUAUGUUUGAAAGCUUUUUAGGAGAGGAUUUAAGUGAUACUGAUGAUGAUUUGAACAUUCUCCAUGAGAGAUUCUUCUUCUCGUGAAUCUUAUACUAGUCUUAGUGAUACUGAAGUAGGCCUACUGUUAGACUUCUAGCCAGGCCCGGAGGUUGGGCAAGGGCUGACUGAAUUUUAAUCACAGAAGCUACAGAUUACAGAUCAGAACUAAUAAAUUUUAUAGUUAAACAACCCAAAUCAGUUCCAAAAUUCAUUUUUAAAGGUUUACUAGUCAAUAAUAACUUUUUUUUUUAUUUUGCCUGAGAUUUCGUAUUUUAUACUUGGUUUUGGCUGUGGUCCCAGUUUCUUAUAUAAAUGACCUAAAAUUACUAAAAUUGCUUUCAGAGGUUCAAUUGUAAAAAAAAAUCUUAGCAAACUAUACAUUUUCUGAAAGAUAAAUGAAUUGGCUACAACAUUUAGAUGAGUGUUUUAAGUGUAUCUAUAAAAAUUAAUGAUGUUAUGAGCACUUAAAAGCAUUUUGUUGAUUUUUUUUCCUUGAGCACUCCAAGAUCAAGGACACUGAGCAAAAUUUUUUAACAGGGUGGGCAAUAUAGCCAACUUCAUAGCUAUCCAUUUACCUUUCUAAAAGUAUAUUCUUAUUGGAUUCUUGUCUCAAUAUUUCUAUGUCAUUUAAUGCAAUUUGAAAAGGCACUCAAAAAGCUCUGAAAAGCUCCCACACCACAGCAUGAUGCAUGCCACAGUUCAAGGGUUAAGGGACUUCACUGAAGAUGUUUUUGUUUUAAAUGAAGGGGUUAGCUCCUGUAAUCUUAAAUAAAAUAAUAAAUCAGUGAGCAACUUUUUGCAUGGGAAAUGUCUUAGUCUAUCUAGCUAUUUAUAGAAUUAAAAGUGUUAACUAGCUAUUCCUUGACUUAUUCCUAAGGUUAACUACUUAUUAUACCAAGUUUUAAACUAUAUUUUACAUGGACAGAUGAUGAUGUAGAGUACUACAAGCAAGAAGUUGGUGAAGAACCUGAGCCUGGUAAGAAUAUAUAUUACAUUCAAUGUAAAAAAAAAUACAAUUAUAAACAUCCUUUAUAUUUCAUAUCUAAAAUAAGCUCUUUGUUAAGCAAUGUAAACCUUCCCCAGUCUCUUCUCAUUUCAACAGAAAAGAACAUAAAGGUGCAUUGGAUGUAACCAUUACGCACUUAUUUCAUGCAGUAACACACUAGAGAUGGUUAAAAUGGAAAAUAAAUUUAUUCAUCUGUUUAGCACCAUAUCUCCAUAUGGUAUUAAUCAAAUAAUAUCCUACUGAUGUUUCUCUCUUUCACUAUAUUUUAUCUAUUUUCUUAUUGCUGUGUGUUGAUGUAUCCCUGGAUAUUCUGGUCCAUUAUUAUUGUGGACCUAAUUUUUCACAGUGUCAAUAUUUAUAUUCUUUCGCUUCCUGUGUUCCCACUUCCGGCGACAACAAUGGAUACUUCUUGAGUUGUCUACUGUGCUCUGUUCUUUGUGAUAUUUUCAUUUUUACUGUUAGCUGAAGAAGGCUUUAUGCCGAAACGUCCUUAUCUUUUGUCCUGUUCUCUAAUUCAAGCUUCCACAUACCUCGCUUUGCUAUUUCAUUCAUUUACUAGGCUUGAUGCAGUCCUUUAAUUUAUAUUGCUAAGGGGGAAAAUCAUAAGGGUUAACCACUCACAUAGUAGCUAGAGGACAGCAACCCUCAGACAUUUUUAGAGAUGAGGAUUUUAAGGAUUAAAAGAACUCAAAUUAACUCAGUGGUUCUCAACCUUUCUAGUGCCGCGACGCCUUAAUACUGUUUCUCGUGUCGUGGCGACCCCCAAGCCAUACAAUUAUUUUCGUUGCUACUUCAUUGCUGUAAGGAUAUAUGUUUUCAGUUGGUCUUAGGCAACCCCUGGAAAAGGGUCCCGCCACCCCCAAAGGGGUCGCGACCCACAGGUUGAGAACGGCUGAAUUAACUGGUCAAUUUUUUUAGACAUCUGUACUUCUUAACUCUUUCACUGUGGAAUUUUUUUAUCAAAAAAAUGUACAAUUUCUUCGAAGACGAAAAAGAGUGAGAGGUUGGGUUUAUUAAAAAAAAAUAUUUAAAUUAUUAUUCUUUGGUUUAUAAGACAAAACUUGGUAUCAAAUGAAAGAUAAUUGAAAGGACUAUAUGUGUGUAAACUUAUUUCUUCAGUUUAAAUAAAAUAAGUUACAGAAAAGAACCAUAACAUGUGAAAAAUUUUUAUGCUAAACCAUUUUUUCCCCAAACCCUAUGAUGUAGGCAUACCUCAUCUUCACUUCUAUAACUCAAAUCCUCUAAAACUACUACCCUCAGAAUCAUGUGAUGGAUCUAAAUAUAAAUCAUCAAAAGAAAUAGUAUGAAACAAUUCCAAAGCUUUUUGAGCUGUUAAUCGUCCAGGAAACUUACUCACCUACUAGGGCCUAGAGUAGCCAUAGCAACAGUAGAAAAAAAGAGAGAAGAAAAUCAUUAAAAUAAUGCUUCAAAUGACAACAAAUAAACCUUGGUUUCGCUUUUAAACAAUGAAGUACCACUCUUCUAUGUAAAAGUCUUAUUUAAAAAUAGCUCUUAAAAAAGUUUAACUGAGAAAUAGCAAAGAAACAAACAUGAUAUUGAAACAACGCACAGCGCGUUGGUCCGUGCUUUUGAGAACGGCGGAUGAACGGAGUGUGCAUUGUUCUGCAUCGAAAGAGUUAAAGCUUAUUGGUCAUUUUUAGACAUCUGUACUUCAAGUUUAAGUGUAGACUCAGUCUUCAUUAAAUAAAUUAAUUGAAAUCUGCCUUAAAAAGAAGACUUUUAUUUCUACAUCUAACACUUGGAGGAUCAUCUUUAAAUGUUAGAUCUUUCUUUCAUUUCUUCAUUUCAAUAUUAUUAUUCUUUUAAUUUUGACACAUAAUUUUAAUUCUGUUUUUAUGAUUGUUAACACAUUUUAUUGAUUUCAAACCUGUGAAACGUGGGAUAUUCAGCUCUUUUAACUGUCAUAAAUUGUGUAAUACUUAAAACCAAUUUGCCAUUAGAAAUACAUAAUACAAACAUUAGCUUGGUUGACUAUGAAAUGUUUUGUCUUUGCCGGCAGAGAUGUUCUCUAAGACCAGAAAACGAAAAGUCACAAAGCAGGAGGCGUCAGGUCCGAGCCCUAAACGCCAGCGACAAGAUAAGCCCAGGUUCAAAAGACAGGACAAAAGCGGAGGCUCCGGGCCAAGGGAUAUCAAAGAGAAGAGAAACAGAGCCAGAAAUGCAGGCACCGAGGUCAAGAAUAAAAGAAGCAAAUUUUCUGUCAAGUUUGGUUCAAAAUCUGGGGGAGGGAAAAAAAUGGGUGACAAGAGGGAGGGAAAGAAGAAGUCAAAAUUCAACACAGUUCACAAUAAAGUUAAAAAACCAAUGUUCAGGCCAAAGACUAAUAAAAGGAGGUAGUUGUGAUCUAACGAGGUUUUAGUCGUAAAUUAUUACAUGCAAGAACUCAUCAGAAAAAUUGUUGCUGCUGAUGAGGCUUGUUUCGAUGUCAUCUUCUUACACUUGUCAUGGCUGAAAUCACAUGAAAAUAUUUUAACUUAUUUUUGUAUACCUGUAUAAGUACCGAUUUAAAGAAAUGAGUUAACCCUUUACAGUCAGAUAUGCCUAAUUUUUGUUUUUAAUGGGCCUUAUGAAUUUUUAACAAAUAUCCAUCAAACAAUUUUCUUUGACCCAAAUUUCCUGUAAACAUUGUAAUUGUAGCACUAGGGCCUGGGAUUUGAACUCCUCUUGUUUUUAGUGUGUGUGUGUCUGAUGAGUGGCUGAAACUACAGUUAUGAAGCAUUAAGUCAUUAAGCCCAUAUCCCCAUGGCUAUCACAGUACAUCUACCGGUAUAGACAGCUAUUGUAUAAAAACACAAUGUGUGAGAUUUCUCCAGGCUUGAAAAUAGGACCUCUUAAUAAGAACGAAACAUGUUAUCCAUACAAGUACAAGUGUGGGAAGAUGAUGAUGAAGAUGAUGCUGAUGAUGAUGGAAAAGAUGAAUGUUCACAUUAAUAAAUAAAAAGUGAAACAUUAUUUU